CCCAAGCAGACAUUUUGGACCGAACCCAGUCUAAGAUGGCCCUCUUUAAAUAGUACAACAAUUGGCCAUGCACCCUUCAAUUUAAUGGCGUGUGGAAAGAAAAAGUCGUCCACUCUACAAACGCCUUGGCAGGUGGGUUGUGUAUUAAUUAUUUGGUUGUAUUCGGCCGCUUCUGCUGUUUCACAAUGCAAUAUUCAAUUCUGUGGAUCGCAAAAUGUGAGUUACCCAUUUUGGAUAGACAAUCCAAGUUGUGGAUACCCAGGUUUUCAGAUCAGCUGCAGGGAGAAAGACAAUGGGAAUUCAAGCGGUCUGUUUCUUGAAGCUGGUGUGAAUGGUACACAGACAGAGUUUGAGAUACUGAACAUCGAUUAUACCGGAUCUCUCAUCAUAAAUUCCACUUCUCUAAAAGCCAUGUCCUGUAGUGGGAAUGAUGAUGCCUCUGUGCUGUUCGAGUUGCCUGCAGAUGGCCCCUUCACCAUUGCCUCCAAUAACAAAUUCGUGGUCAUUGGAUGCAGAUCAAAAGGUUCUUUCAGAGUUUAUAAUGGGAAUUAUAAUAAUGAGGUUGAUGGUGGGGAAGUGAUCUGUAGAACCACUACAUGUCUAAAUCAGUAUGAUCCAGAAUACUGCAACACAUAUGGGUGUUGUGAAUCUGGAAUUCCAGGAAAACAGAGGGUUAUUAAUUUCACCGGUGGGGGAAUUAGUUAUGCGGCUUAUACUGCUUGUGGGUUCUCCACUAUUCUUGAUCCAGUUACAUGGUCCUUACCUCCAAAUCAAUAUGGUGCCAUUGGCGGCGGUCAUUACGGCCUCCGCCUCGAGUGGGGCAUCGGCCAUGGAGAUUGUUUGACGGCCAAAGGAACAGCAAAUUACUCUUGCGCAGGGACUGCUCAAUGUUCAAACGCAAUUGGGGGCGGCCAUGUCUGUAAAUGUCUUACAGGCUAUGAAGGGACUGGUUACUCUAACGGCACCGGUUGCACAGAUGUGGAUGAAUGCAAUCGACACUUGGAUCAGUGUGUUGAACCAUCGCAGGGGGGUGUAUGCUAUAAUCUGCCUGGUUCUUACAAUUGUUCAUGUGCAAAGGAUUAUAGUGGAGAUGGCCUUCAAAACGGGACAAGAUGUCAAUCAUCAGACUCAAAUCAAUUUGCCGCUCCUGCAAUAAUAGGAUCAGUCUCUUCAGUUGCAGUUGUUUGUGUAGCAGCGUCUCUUUUGGUUUGGUGGCUUAAGAAACGCCACUUGAAACUUGUGGAGGCCAAGUAUUAUCAGAAGUUGCAGCAACACCUCGCCUCUAGAGGAGGUAGAGAAAGCCUGAGAAUGUUUUCUGCUGAUGAAUUGGCAAAAGCUUCUAAUAAUUAUUCAAAGGAAAUGGUAUUGGGAAGUGGUGGCUUCGGAAUUGUGUUCAAAGGCAUUCUGUCGGAUGGUACACUUGUGGCCAUUAAAAAGUCCAAGCAAGCUUUAGAUCUAGAGGAUGACCAUGAAUUUCUUAAUGAAAUUGCAAUUCUCUCCCAAAUAAAUCACAGAAACAUAGUGAAGUUAUUAGGGUGCUGCAUCCAGACUAAAUUCCCAAUGUUGGUAUCUGAAUUUGUUCCGAAUGGAACACUGUAUGAACAUUUACAAUUCAAAGAGAUAUCUUUGCCUUGGGAGUCACGUCUGCAGAUUGCAAUCGAGACAGGGGAGGCUUUGGCAUAUCUGCAUUCUGGAGCAUCUCAACCCAUUUUCCACCGGGACGUAAAGUCAUCUAAUAUUCUUCUGGAUAAGACAUUUUCUCCCAAAGUUGCAGACUUUGGGAUUUCUCGUCUCAUCUCAACUUCCAAUAAUACACAUCACACCACCAAUAUAAUGGGCACAAAAGGUUACUUGGAUCCUGAGUACUUCCAAACUUAUCAGCUGACUGACAAAAGUGAUGUAUUCAGUUUUGGUGUUGUCCUGAUUGAGCUUUUGACAGGUCUGAAACCCCUGAGUGUAGAAAGGAUCAGCGAGGAGUGGAAUUUAUCUACUCUUUUUCUUGCCAGACUCAACCACAACCGCCUCAGAGAAAUCUUAGAUAGCGGAGCAUUGGAGGACGAAAACCUGCAACAGAUGGAAGAUGUGGCAAGGCUAGCAAAAGUAUGCCUUCAUUUGGAAAGGAGGAAGAGACCGUCCAUGAAAGAGGUGGUGGAGGAACUUGUUUGGAUAAGAGGUGGCACAAGAAAGACAAAGUUCCAUGAGAGUGACUAUGCAACAUUUGAGCAGACAAGCAUUUCCCAAAAAGCAUCACAAACGUCAACCGAAUUCAGGAGUUACGAUUUUCCAUCCACAGUGGGGCGUACGUCGGAGGAGCCCUUCACUGCACUGAUUCAGAUGUCGAGCCUACUCUGAACCAUUCGGAAAAGCAAAUCAUUUCUAGUCUAUUUUAACACACUGCAGUGUACCUCAUGAUUUAAGACUCCGGUCUAUGGACGUGCAAAUACCAGUGUUAGAGCAUAGGGGCGCACAUCUUUGAAGCUGCAUCACAAUAAGCAUCUAUUGCGAAUUCUAACCGUUCAGUUAGCAAGCAUACCACAUCGAUGUAAGAUCAAAUAUUUUGGGGAUUGUAAUGACUGUACAAAACAGAUGAAAAGGAAUUUUCAAUAUUUUUUUAUUGCAUAGACAAAUAAAUAAAAGAUGAAAUAUAUUUGAUGAGAA